UUGACUCCUCAAUGGCGGCACCACACGUAGCUUAAAAUAAAGAAACGGAACUCCUCCCUCCUCCGCCAAUCAAAACGCGCCAACACACAAACCCGUCUUCGGUAAAAUAGACCCACCCAAACCCAACCUCCGCCGCUGCUCCUCAAAGUGCUUCACCAAACCCACACACCCCUCUGUUUCUGCAUUUUUUUUAAAAAAGCCUACAAAUUCCACUGUCGCUACAAUCUUCUCAGUCCACCGCACCAGACCCGAUUACCAUUUCCAUUUCCAAGCCCGACCCGACUUCAUUUUCCCCAAACUCUUUUUUUCUCUCUAAUUUUCUCUUUAUUAUUUUUUAAUAUUUUGGAGUUUUGAAUCUGAUUUAGUGGAUUUGGGAGAGGGAUUUGGAUUUCGACCAUGUUACGCCUCUGAGGGUUUUUUGUCGGAGAUCGAUCAAUGGCGUCGAUCCGGCGAACUCUAUCGCCGGCGUUCAGAGACCGGCCGUAUGUGAACGGCGUCGGGUCUCCAUUUUCGGUGCAAUCGCCGUCGCCGAAGCUUCUGUCCAGCUCCAGAUAUUCACCGCCUUUUCCGUCGGCGAUUCUCGCCUUCACCGUCACCAUCCGGCGCUUCGUCGCCGGAGCUCUUUUCCACCGACCUAAUCGCAAAGGCCAGCAAUGGCGUCGAGUGUUCUACAGGUGCUUGCUCUUCUUCUUCCUAGGGAUUUUGCUCGGUCUGUUGCCGUUCGGCCACGUGGACGACGAUGACGAGAUUCGAGGCCGGAGCUUCAAUUUCGACAUCAAGCCUUCGCACGUUAAUGUGCAGUUCGACAACGACAACACGGAUCGCGUCGUAAAACGGAGGGAGGAUCUCGUCGUCGACGUGAGCCUCGGCGUGGUGGAGAGUAGAGGGGAGUUGGUGCCGAGGAAGCAGCUGAUUAUUGUGACACCGACGUACAACCGCGCGCUGCAGGCCUAUUUCUUGAACAGGUUGGGGCAGCUGCUGAGGCUUGUACCUCCGCCGCUGCUUUGGAUUGUGGUAGAGAACAAAGCGGCGUCGUUUGAGACCGCCGAGAUUUUGAGGAAGAGCAGCGUGAUGUAUAGGCAUUUGGUGUGUGGCAACAACUCGACGAGCGCGAAGGACCGAGGCGUGUAUCAGAGGAACACGGCGUUGGAGCACAUUGAAAGGCAUACACUUGAUGGCAUUGUGUACUUUGCUGAUGAUGACAAUAUAUACUCGCUCGACUUGUUUGAUCGCUUGAGAGACAUUAGCCGUUUCGGAACUUGGCCAGUUGCUAUGUUAGCACAAAGCAAAAACAAGGCUAUAUUAGAAGGUCCAGUAUGCAAUGGGAGCCAAGUAAUUGGAUGGCACACCAAUGAGAAAAGCAAGAGACUCCGUAGGUUUCAUGUUGAUAUGUCCGGAUUUGCAUUUAAUAGCACAAUAUUGUGGGAUCCAAAGAGAUGGCACCGCCCCACUUAUGUUCCAAUUCGACAAUUAGACACAGUGAAGGAGGGUUUCCAAGAAACCACUUUUAUAGAACAAAUUGUGGAAGAUGAAAGACAAAUGGAAGGUAUGCCAGCUGGUUGUUCAAAAGUAAUGAACUGGCAUCUGCAUUUGCAAGCUCAUAGUCUUGUUUAUCCCAAAGGCUGGCAACUUCAGAAGAACCUAGAUAUUGUUCUCCCCAUUAAAUGAUAGAACUCACUAACCGUGCAAGUUUGAUUCCUAUAGCGGGAGAAAGUUCUCGAAUUACAUGUUGGUGGUUCUCUGCCCCUGAAUGGAUCAUUGCUUGAUUUUGGUACAAUCAAAGCAUUUAAGCAGCCUAGUAGAACCCGACUGGCAACGACAAACAAACAGAAGAUUUACGGUUUUUGUUUGUAGAUUUUUUUUUCCUGCAUGAUAUUCUUUUACAGAAACGAAAUUUCGUUUUUGUUGUAGAUUUCUUGGUGUUUGAUAUCGUUUCUUUGUUCUUUUCAAAUUGCUUAAUAUUCAGCUCAGUUCGUACACC